AUGGUUUCUCUCCGCUCCCGCGAUUUGAAGAGCGGGGAAGAGGGAAUCGUGGAAAUGAAGAGGAGGAUCCACCUAGAGCCGAGGAACCGGCCCCCGGCCGCGGUUCGAGAACUUGUCCUGGACAACUGCACAGCAAAUGACGGGAAAAUUGAGGGCCUGGCAGAUGAAUCUGUGAACUUAGAGUUCCUCAGUUUGAUAGGUGUAGGCUGGAUUUCAGUCUCAAAUCUCCCCAAACUACCUAAAUUGAAAAAGCUUGAGCUCAGUGACAAUAGAAUCUUCGGCGUUCUGGACAUGUUAGCAGAAAAACUUCCAAAUCUCAAACAUCUUAACUUAAGUGGAAAUAAACUGGAAGACACCAGCACCUUGGAACCUUUGAAAAGGUUGGCAUGUCUGAAAAGCCUGGAUCUGUGUAACUGUGAGGUCACUGACCUGAACGACCACCGAGAGGGUGUGUUCAAGCUUCUGCCUCGGCUGACCUGUCUGGACGGCUGUGACCAAGAGGAUGGAGAAGCCUCCGGCUCAGAUGCUGAGGUGGAUGGUGUGGAUGAAGAGGAGGAGGAUGGGGAGGAUGGAGAAGGAGAAGCUGCAGAGGAGGAGGAAGAUGCGGAUGGUGAGGAGGAAGAGUGUGAUGAUGAAGAGGAUGAGGAUGAAGAUGUAGAAGGGGACGAAGACGAGGACGAAGACGAAGUCAGUGGGGAGGAAGGAGAUUUUGGACAGGAUGGAGAAGCUGAUGAAGAUGAAGAUGACGAGGAUGAGGAUGAGGAUGAAGAGGAGGAAGAGAGCGGAAAAGGAGAAAAAAGGAAGCGGGAAACAGAUGAUGAAGGAGAAGAUGAUUAAAACCCAAAUAAACUUUAAAAAAAAAAAAGAGCGAACUGUUCAGUAUCGGUUGGACUGCGCAUAAGGAUUUGGUAGAUGUUUAAAAAAAAAAAACAGGUAGCUGUGACGCAAACCCCAGGACACCCACCCACCCAAAGAGCCAAAGAACAGUUCCUGUGACAUUCCGCCCUCCAUUGAGUCCCUCUUGGAAAUCCACCACCAAGCUUGGAGACUUCACCCCAACAAAAUUGUAAGCGUUGUUAGGUUUUCGUGUAAGACUUGCUGUAGCGGGGACAGCUGUGAUUGGUGAAUCACCAUCUGUGACUACCAGUUAUGCCCAAGUUGUAACAGCAUUUUUACUUUCUGUACAACGAAGAAGCUUUGUAAAUAAAAUCUUAACAUUUUGGGCCUGUUU